GAUAAUGGGUCGGGUGAGGUUCAGGUCAAGAAAAGGAAGAAACUGAAGGGGAAGAGAGCGGUGGUCAGGUGGUUGAAGUUAUUCAGGUGGAAGAAGAAGAAAGAAUAUGGAAGGAUGACCGCAGAAGAAAAAAUCCUCUACAAAUUGAGGAAGGCUCGGAGAAAAGAGGAAAGGCUACUUGAAGCUCUUAACAAGAUUGAGCCUAAAGAGUCAUCAGAAACCACCCAUGACCCUGAAAUAUUGACACCUGAAGAACACUUCUAUUUUCUGAAGAUGGGCGAAAAGUGCAAGAAUUAUGUCCCAGUCGGAAGACGGGGGAUAUAUCAGGGGGUUAUAUUGAACAUGCACUUACAUUGGAAGAAGCACCAGACUUUGAAAGUUAUAGUGAAGACAUUCUCGCCAGAGGAGGUGAAGGAUAUUGCUUCAGAGCUGGCAAGAUUGAGUGGCGGGAUUGUGCUUGAUAUUCAGGACGAUGACACCAUUAUUAUGUAUCGAGGAAAGAACUAUUCUCAGCCCCCAACAGAGAUAAUGUCUCCCAGAUCAACUCUUUCUAGAAAGAAGGCUCUCGAUAAAUCCAAGUACAGGGAUGCUCUGAGAGCUGUUAGGAAAUAUAUACCAAGACUUGAGCAGGACCUGGAGCUGCUUCAAGCUCAGAAUGGAAGAAAAGAUACUAUGGGUGAAGAGAAACAACCAACUGAUGCUUAUGAUGUUGAUCCAGCAAAGGACUCCAAUCAACAUUUUGAGGGAUCUGAUAGACUGAAAGAACUCCUAGCUAAGACUGAUGUAAAUAACGAAGAUGAUUCGGACAUGGAUUCAGACAUGGGUUCAGAUUCCGAAGCUCUGUCAGAUAUUUUUGAAACGGAGUCAGACACCGAGAAUGAGGAAAAAGCAGAAAAACCUCUUUACCUUGAUGUGUUUGAAAAGAUUCCCAUGAAUAGCGACGAAGAGCAAGAGAAUUUUGAAGAACACCUGCGCCAAAUAUCCACUGAUUCCAGAAAAGAGAAAUCGAAUGACAAAGAUUUAGAGUUGGCUGAUCUUGAUGAGGUUGAUAGAAUGGUUUUACGAGCUGCUUCACUUUUGAAGAAAAGGAGGAAAUAAUCAGAGUAUGUGCUGCCGCGAACUACCCAAUUGGCUCUCAUCUUCGACGAUGAUGGGAACUUUCUCCAUUUCUCCUUCAUAUUUCUUGUCAUUGAAGUCUUCAAACUUAUCAGUAUGUUGGGGUAUGGGAUCAAGUUGGCUGCUUAACAAAUGUAUAAUUUUAUUUGUUUGUAGCUGCACGCCUAUCCUUAUCAUAGUAACAGAUGAAAUUAUGCUACUAUCCUGGUUCAUCAGAAGUUCCUCCGCAGAUUAACUCUACCACGACUGGUGCCUAUGUCUAUGAUUUGACAGGAAGGAUCCUGUCUAUUGAGCAGCACUACCUGUGUAUAGAUGUUGAACAUCACUGGUGGAGGUGACAAAUGCUCCUUGCCAACUAAAAGAAUUUGCUUCAAAAUCGUGUUACAGUCCUGUGAUCUGAGACAAGUUGACGAAGGAAACUAGCAUUAACAUACCUUGGUGGGAAAAACUUUUAGAUGCACUGGGUGUGAAAAUACAAAAUGGUGUGGAUAAUACCCGUUAGCAAAAUGUUGGUUGGACUAUUUAUGCGUUCUUAUCAUUUGGCGAUCUCACACCUGAUUUGGUGGUAUAAUUGUUACUAAUAAAGUAUGCAAGCAACCGAGAUUUUUAUGGUGCUUAUUUUGCUUC